GUUGUUGCCUAACGCGGUGCAAGAGAUGUUUAGGUCAAAUAGAAAUCGAGUCCGAAGAUGUAUAUGCGCACGCUGAAAAACGCAACUAUUUCCAUGGCUUAACUUAAUAUUUCAAUUACAUGGAAGUUUCGCCGCUUUUGCUUGUGUGAACGUUUGAGAAAACAGUGGUUGCAGCUUGCAGAGAGCUAUGGCGUGCUGAAGGCUCGAAGAAACCGGAGCGAAUCAACUCCAAUACAGCCCCACAAUUUUUCUCAUUUCUUCGAACUGCCCCUCCACCCCUCUCUCUCUCUCUCGUCUACUCUGGUACGUCUCUCUCCCUCUCUCUCUCUCUCUCUCUCUGGUCAUGUUUGGGGACAAAGAUCUCUCGAAUGGCUCUGCCCAUGGAGGCCAGAACUCCCAAAGGAAGCUUUCUCCGCAUCUUUCUGAGCAAAAUUUGGAAAACCCAGAUGAGAAAAUUGAGUUUUCUUCCGAGAAAGGAAUAGAUUUUCUCAGAGAAUCGGAGAUGGGUUGUGACGGGUGCCCUCCAAAACCCUUGAAAAUUGGGAAUUCGGGUUCUCAGGAGCUGACUUUAAGCUACCUCUGUGAUAAUCCGAAGCUAGGUUUUCCUGAUAAGGAGAUUCCGGGAAAAGUUCUAUUGAAUUCCUUGGAGAAAGUGAACUACAAAGGAAAGGAAGUGGUUUCAGAGAACCCGAAUAAAGAAGAUCGGUGGGUAGAAAGGGAUUUUCUGAAUUUGAAUGAGGUUAGGGGAGGUGGUGGCUCUUCAAAGCGAGAGAUCGAUGAAGAGAUUGAGGGAGAGAAUAGAGAGAAGAAGCCGAAGUUAGAGACUCUUAAUCUCUCUCUAGCUUUGCCUGAUGUUUCGCUCUCUCUAACCGCAUCAAACGCCGUCCAUAAUGGGGAUCCUCCGGAUCGGUUGAAACCCAGUAGAAGCAUACAGUCUUUGGCACCAUCAAACAACAAUACCCAAACCACUUGCUCUAAUGAUUUUACUGCUGCUUCUCUUUCUUAUUCCUAUUCACACCCCUUCUCGCACAACCCCAGUUGCUCCCUCACCCGCAAUUCUACUGAGAAUUACGAGUAUUCUGUAGGCAGCCAUAGAAGAGAGAAUGACCAAAUUUGGUAUUGUGGUGAGGGGACGAAUGGGUCAGUUCAUAGUCGAUUCAAACCAAUCGGAGAUGGGGUUUCACUAUCCAAUCAUGGUGGUGCAGGUUAUUUGAUGCAGGGUAGUCGUAUCCUAAAUAAGGAUUCAUGUAAUAGUCUUCACAGGACAAGCAGCUCUGAUAACCAUUCAUUCUUUCCAUCUGAAUUGCCUGCGAGGCCGAGAUUAGAUACUCAGUCGGGUGACUCGAGAGGAAGAGCUCCUGAGCACAUGAGGGCUUUGGAGAAUUUAGAUGGAGGGAGAGUCCGGAAGCUUUCUAGGCCAGAAAGAAUUCUCCGAGAAAUUGUGUCCGAGUCCAUUCCUGUUAUGGCUCAAAUAGUUCAAGAGCUGCCUGAUGAAACAGUUGAUUUGACAAAGGAAUACUUGAAGAAUCUUAUUGCAGCACCUGAGAAGAGAGAAGAAUUAGUAGUUCUCCAAAGUCGGUUGGAUAGAAGGUCUGAUCUUACAGUUGAGACUCUCUCAAAGACGCACAAUGAUCAACUAGACAUUUUGGUGGCAAUAAAAACUGGGCUGUUGAACUUCAUAUCUGGCAAAAAUCGACUUCCCACGGCAGAGCUGGUGGAGAUUUUCUUGUUCAUGAGAUGUCGCAAUGUGAAUUGCAAGAGCUUAUUGCCUGUUGAUGAUUGUGACUGCAAGAUUUGCUCCUCAAAUAAGGGAUUUUGCAGGGAAUGCAUGUGCCCUGUGUGUUCAAAGUUUGAUUGUGCCAACCAUACCUGUAGUUGGGUUGGGUGUGACGUCUGUUCUCACUGGUGCCAUGCUGCCUGUGGGAUUCAAAAGAAUCUCAUCAAGCCGGGUCCUAGCUUGAAGGGGCCCUCAGGGUCUAGUGAGAUGCAGUUUCAUUGUAUUGGAUGCGGUCAUGCUUCAGAAAUGUUUGGAUUUGUUAAGGAUGUGUUUAUAUGCUGUGCAAAGGACUGGGGUCUAGAAACCCUGAUAAAGGAGCUUGCCUGUGUUAGGAAAAUUUUCAUGGGAAGCGAAGAUUUUAAAGGUAAGGAGAUGCAGAAUAAAGCUGAAGAGGUGCUCACCAAGCUUGAAAGUAAAACAAUGUCUCCUUUGGAUGCCUGCAAUUCCAUCACUCAGUUUUUCAACCGAAUAGAUGACAUGUCAGAUUUCGGUGCUUCCAGUCUAUCCUCGAAGGAUCUGGUAGCAUCUCAAGCUAUCCUUAGGAAAGACGCAGCCCCUCUGGCGCCAUCCACUGUUCUCCCUCCAAAAUACGCCACUUACAACAUAAGUGCUUCAAGUGUGCACAAUGAUUUGCUGCCUCAUGAUCUCCAUCAAAAUGAUCUCAAAACUUCCCUUUUGAGCAACCGAACAACAGAAGAAGAAUUUCUAUUGGGGAAAUUAAAGAAAGAUGGGUUUGACAGUCUGGAAAGCAUUGUGCAGAUUAAGGAAUUGGAGGCCAGAAUGUUCCAAACUCGAGCAGAUGAGGCACGACGUGAGGCGGAAGGUUACAGGCGGAUUGUUCGGGCAAGGAGUGAGAAGUUGGAAGAAGAGUAUACGGACAAGCUUGCCAAAUUGUGUUUGCAGGAGACGGAAGACAGACGGAGGAAGAAACUAGAGGAGCUGCAAAAUUUGGAAAAUUCACGCUCUGAUUACUAUCAUAUGAAGUUGAGAAUGCAAGCUGAGAUUACUGGCUUGUUGGAGAGAAUGGAAGCCACAAAGCAGCAAUGGGUAUAACUUGCCUCUCUUUUUUUCCCUCCUUUUGUAAGGACUGGUGAUAAUAGUUUCUAAUUUAUUAAUGUCCAUUUUCGGAUUCUUGUUUUCUUCAAUUGCAAGAUGACUAGCUGUUUCUGUAACCCAGUUGUAAGAUAUAUGGCAUUUCAUUUUUCA